AUGUGUAACUGUACGUGGUUUAUGGUUGCUUUAGUCUUGCUGCAGGCAGUCACAACACUACUAGCGGUAGCCCCCGAAGAAUGUCCGACGAACGUACCCGAGAAUGAAAGACGGGACUGCCACUCUGAUCCGGGAUCCACGGAAGAAAGUUGUUGGGAACGGGACUGUACUUGGUGCGAGAGCAAUGAUGUAAAUGUACCCUGGUGUUUCUACAAUACGGACCCUGCCCCAUAUGGUGAUUGUCCAACCUACCAACACCCCAAAGACCGUGUCGAUUGUCAUCCAGACUCAGGAUCUACGCAACCUUCGUGUGAAAGCAGAGGAUGUCUCUGGUGUGAAACAGCUUACGAAGGCGCACCUUGGUGCUUUUACUCAGAAGGAGUUGCCCCUGAGCCCAUAAUGGAAGGAUAUCGAGUUGACUGCCUCAUGGAUCAGGCGGGUGGUGAAUCACUGUGUCGAGAGCGUGGUUGCUACUAUGAUUCGAGUAAUCGUGACGGCGUUCCAUGGUGCUACUUCCCACCCGAUGACAGAGGUUACAGGAUUGUCGGCGAAGUACAAGAUAUGUAUUUUGGACACCGAAUCGAUCUACGCCGGGAUCACGAUUACACCCUGUUUGGAGGGGACGUAGAUGAAAUUCGUAUAGACAUAGAAAUGCAGACCGACGAACGAUUACACGUAAAAAUCUACGAUCCAAAUAAUAUUAGGUUUGAGGUACCACAUCAGAUGCCUAGGAAUAACAACAAAGCGUCCAAUCCACUGUAUCAAAUCCAGUAUUCUAACGAUCCCAUUUUUACGCUGAACGUCACCAGAACAGAUAACGGCAGGAUGAUUUGGGACACAUCUAUAGGCGGGUUGGUAUAUGAAGAUCAAUACUUGCAGUUAGCAACCAAACUUGGCUCUGAGGAAAUCUAUGGGUUUGGAGAACACGAACACCACAGUUUCCGACACGAUAUUGGUUUCAGAACUCAUGGAAUGUAUUCGAGAGAUCAACCCCCAGUUGAGAAUGGUAACUUGUACGGCGUGUACCCCUAUUAUAUGAGUAUUGAAGAAGACUUCAAUGCACAUGGAGUAUUAUUAUUAAACAGCAAUGCACAGGAUGUAACCUUACAACCCGGUCCAGCAAUUACAUAUCGUACAAUAGGUGGCGUGCUAGAUUAUUGGAUCUUCCUGGGACCCACUCCAGAGAAUGUAGCGGAGCAAUUGUCUGAGGCUGUUGGGCGUACAUUUAUGCCACCUUAUUGGUCCAUGGGAUUCCAACUUUCUCGGUAUGGAUAUAAUCACAUCGAUGUUGUCAAGGAAACCGUCAACAGAGUUCUGGCUUACGAUAUACCACUGGAUGUUCAGUUCGGUGACAUCGACUACAUGGAUCGAUAUAUGGACUUUACGUACGAUAAAGUUAACUAUGCAGGUUUACCAGAAUACGUUAACGAGUUGAAAACCGAAGAGGGAAUUCAUUACAUUAUAAUCUUAGAUCCAUGCAUUGCUAAUUCCGAACCCGCUGGUACGUAUCCACCUUACGAUGAAGGUUCUCGUUUAGGGGUAUGGGUUAAUGACACUAAUGGUAUCCCAGUAGUCGGCAAGGAUAUGAACGAGCCUGCUAGUUUUGUAACUGGUUCACUGGAUGGAUGUGACUACAACAAGUGGAAUAAUCCACCCUACCAUCCCAACAUAUUUGGUAAUGUAUUAGCUGACAAGACACUGUGCCCAGAUUUCGUGCACUUUGCAGGAAAACAUUAUGACAUCCACAGUCUUUAUGGUUUGUCUGAAGGUCCGCCAUCUUUGGCAGCAGCACGUGCAGCAACUGGCAAGCGUAGUAUCGUCAUAUCUCGUUCCACUUAUCCUGGAUCCAGUCAACACGUUGGUCAUUGGUUAGGAGACAACUACAGUCAAUGGAAUAACAUGCACUUUUCAAUCAUUGGAAUGUUAGAAAUGAAUUUAUUCGGCAUGCCAUAUGUUGGCGCUGAUAUAUGUGGAUUUAUCAACGACGCUCAAUAUGAAAUGUGUCUUAGAUGGCAUCAGUUGGGGGCGUUCUAUCCGUUCUCAAGAAAUCAUAAUGGACUCGGUUACAGAGAACAAGAUCCGGGUGCUUGGGAUGACAGUUUUGGUUAUAACGUUCGUGACAUACUGUUCAUAACGGACAGAGAAACGCAUACAACUGACAGACAAUUCUUAUGGGGAGCGUCAUUGAUGAUUUCACCCGUACUCGACCAGGGUAACGAGGUGUCAGAACGUGGGUCUUACGUCACAUUAAAUGCACCAUCGGAUUAUAUACCUUUACAUGUGCGUGGAGGUUACAUCAUGCCAACACAGGAGCCAGCAAGAAGCACCGUGUACUCUCGUGUUCUACCAUUGGGUGUAAUUGUUGCAUUGGAUGAUAACGAUAGCGCAGCAGGGAAGAUAUUCUGGGAUGACGGCGAUUCAAUAGAUACUUACGAAAACGGCGAGUUCUUCACUGCGGACUUCAGUGCCUCCAGUGGUGAACUGCAAGGUGUCAUUACGCAUGAUGGUUACCGUGGAGUCGACUCUUUGGUAUGGGGUACGGUACGAGUCUUAGGAGUAGCCACGUCAGUGACGUCAGUCAGUGUAAAUGGCGCCGCCCAUUACGAUUACUCAUACAACGAACAAACACAGGUAAUGUUGGCAUAG